CUAACGUAGUUCCAUAUAACUUCACUUUGUCGCGCGACAAAAAUGAUUGUAAAAUUUUAUUUGUUAUUCCUGUUCAUUCAUGUGGUUUAUACAAAAAUCGAAUUAAAUUUGGUCACGGACGAUGGCAAUAUAUCGAUAGACUAUUCAGGGAUAGAUGUGCGAGUGAUCACCGAUGAAGACGUGGAACUAUUUAACAUCGGUACUAGUGAAUUGCGGGCAGCACUAAAGUGUCAUUAUGGAAGAAAACCUAGUUACGUUUAUUUAAAAAGCCCGACACCGUGGGACGAUCUUUAUAAAACUUACGGCUGGGAACAGGUCUCUAGAGUGCUGUCAAUACAUUCAGCAAGAUUGAAAGGUAUCACGAAAUCCCCAGUAACUGUGAUGACGAAAAACUUCAUAAAUGAAUCAAAUAAAACUAUUAAAGUGGACACAAGCAUCAGUCAUACAGUACAGAACACGCUAACAACAUCAUGGACAAAGGAAAGAGAAUUCUCACUGUCUCAAGAAAUCGAAUAUGGAAUCAAUUUGUUAUUUAAUAAAGUUACGGGAAAAACCGGUUUUUCGUAUACAUCGAUGUGGGGAAAGAGCGAGGAAAAAUCUGAAAAAAUCACUAUUGGAAGCACUAGUGCUGUAGAAACUGAAUUGCAACCCGGUCAAGCUGUGACAGCGAUUUUGUCGGUGAAUUCGGGUAAUUUAGAAGUCGAAGUUGUGCACAAGAUGUCGCUGCGAGGCAAUUUGGCGGUAAACUUUAAUAGGAUGUACAAAGGUCACUAUUUUUGGGGUCCGAAGAUUGAAGAUGUGAUGUUUAGUGGGGGGAUAACAAACGAAAUACUGAUGUUGGAGACGAUAAAAUUCGGUUUUCAUGUGGACGCUACAUUAACUGUUUAUGAUAAAAAUACCGGAGAACUUUUGUAAAUAGAAUAUUAUGUAUUAUAAAUUUUCGAUAAUUGA